UCUGCUCCAGCUCCAGGACGGUGAAUGUGAGAAGCAAGCAGGAAUAACUUCUCCCGGUUUAUUUUUUGAUCCCCAUGGAGGAUUAAUCUUGCUGCUAAUACAGCUUUUAACUUGCAAAGCGCCUUAGAGGAAACCACCCCGGGAGUGCAUUUGCAAGAGAGAAACUGAAAGCGCUGAGCGGGGAGAGCAGCCACCCUUCUGAUUUCAGCCGUCGGCCGGCUCGGGGCCAUCACUGCUCUUCCUGCCUGGAAAUAGUGCAGGGUUUCCCGACUCCUUGGCUUGGAGGAGUAUUUAGGGGAAAAUGUAAGAGCGCUGGGGCUAUGCAGAUUCCCAUCCUGGGAGCCCACAGGCGUGGAAGCAGGAGGUUUUGGUUCUUCAGUCGGUCCAUUUGAAGCCAGGAGGAGCAGUUCAGGAGCAUCCCUGGCACCAAACCGCGGUAGCCGUUCAGCAGAUACGUUGAGUUUGCGUGGCUUGGCUGCGUUUGCGGCACCCGUGCGGCCUACCCAUGAGCUCAGACUUCCAGCAUUACAGUUUCAGGAUGCCGAACAUCGGAUUCCAGAACCUGCCUCUCAACAUAUACAUCGUGGUUUUCGGCACAGCCAUCUUUGUCUUCAUCCUCAGUUUGCUCUUCUGUUGCUACUUGAUCAGGCUCAGACAUCAAGCACACAAAGAGCUUUACGCCUACAAACAGGUUAUACUCAAGGAAAAGGUGAAGGAGCUGAACCUACACGAGAUCUGCGCUGUUUGCUUGGAGGAGUUCAAGCCCAAGGAUGAGCUGGGGAUCUGUCCCUGUAAACAUGCCUUCCACAGAAAGUGCCUCAUCAAGUGGCUGGAGGUGCGGAAAGUGUGCCCGCUCUGCAACAUGCCGGUGCUGCAGCUGGCCCAGCUGCACGGCAAGCAGGACCCCGGGCCCCCCCAGGGCCCCCUCCCCGGCGCAGAGAACAUCGUAUAGCUCCACCGCCCCGGGGACUGCCCCCCAGCGGGGGGCACCCUGCCGCUGCCCUGGGGGACUUGGAGACAACCAAAGCACUUGGGCACCAGCACAGAGGGACAGGGGAGGACACGGGUGGCCGGGCGCAGAGCCUGGAGCACUUUAUAAGGGGGGCACAUCCCCGCCGGCCGAAGCUGAAGAGCCUCACGCCCCAAAAACCUGCCUCCGUGGAGCUGUGCCGGGAUGAAGGGUCUCACACUCGAGCCUGGGCUUGAUUCCUCUCCUGGGGCGAGGGUCCUCGGCAGCCACCCUGCACGACAUCCUUCUUACAGCACAUCCCUUCUCCAGCACCACGUCCGACGGGAAGCAGCGUAGGGCACGAUGGAGCAGUAUCGAGCCACCCAACGGUGCCCAUCAGCCUCCUGCAAGGCCGUGACGUCCCCCCCGAACGCCCCGGUACGCUUCCUGCCCCUGCUGCCCCCCGUGCCCCUCUGCAGCCAUCCAAAAAUGAUGCCCAAAAUGCAGGGAGUGGGACCCAGGAGCAUCACGGCUGGUCCCUGCCCCCUUCUCCUCUACCAUUAUUUUCACGGGGUUACCUUUGCAAUCCCUGCCUACAAAACUGGGUCUCAGCUCCCCGGGCGCAGCAACACUGGGUUCAUGCCGCGGUUGGGUUCCUCCUGGGCACCCACUGCUCCUCCCAAAGGGCUAACCAGGGCAGGGAAACUGGUGUCGCCCACGGGAGAUGGCAGGGGGGUAGUGGCAUGGGGUCUCCGUGGGCUUUGGUUACCCCAUUCACCCUCCCCAGGGGUGGCUGCCCCCCUCCUGGGCGCGAUGGGCUACCUCAGCGGGGCCACUAGUCCCUCCGACAGGCACGAUCCUGGCGCAGACCAUCCAUGGUGAGAGCUGGUGGCCACCGCCACCUCCUCGGAAACCGUGGCAGGGGCUUGCUGGGAUGGGGGUGGGGGGCAAGAAUCCUGUCCUUUGGGUUCAUCCCGUCACUCUCAGCCUGGCCCCGGAGGUGUUCUGGGCGAGGGACGGGUGAACCGGCAGGGUUUUACCGUGCCAAAACACCCCACACCCAGCCAUCAUCCAGUGCAAAAGCUGCUGGGGUCAGGGGGGCCUGUGCCACUCCCUCACCUCUCUCACCACCUCGCGGGGCAAAUUUGGGCGCCGUAGCAAAGUCCCUGGUGUCCCUCUCCACCUUUGCAACUCUUUCUCCCCUUUUUUUUUGGGGGGGUGGGGGAAGGAGGGGUGUCAGUAUUAGAUGGCAGCGGCUUUCCCAGCCCCCUUCCCCCCCAGGCACAGGAUGGGGCAUGGGGCUGGGAAGGCUCCGGGUGUCGUCCCCCCUCCUGUAAAUACCCUGCGACUCCCGAGACUGUUUAUGGAGCGAGGAGCCUCAUAGACGUGUUUGUACACUACGAAUUCUGCAGCAGAAUAUUUUUUAAAACAUUCGCUGUUUUGGUUUUUUUUUUUCUUUUUUUUUUUUUUUUGUAAGCUAUAUUUUUGUAUAUUUAAUUGCUAUUUUAAAAUUCUAAUAAUGCGUCUUUUUUGCUAAUCACACUAUUCUUAAGGAAAAAUGAGGAAAAAAAAAAAAAACAACCACAACAAAACAAGGGUUUGCAUGUGAUUUGACUUGAAAUGUAAAUAAAAGCAGGUUUUGGAA